AUGUCCAGCAUCAGGCAAGGCAUUAGGCUGAGGCUCUUCCUAUUUGCCCUGUGUAGUUUAAAGGUCAGUGUUGCAUUUCCCAAUUCCUCUCCAGUAGUAAAUUCAGGAUGGGGAACACCAGACAGACUGAUGCACCUGUACACAGCGACGGAAUGGAACAGCUUCCACCUGCAGAUCAAUCACGAUGGGCAUAUUGAUGGAUCGCCUCAUCAGACCAUUUACAGCGCAUUAAUGAUUAAAUCAGAGUCUCCCGGCAAGGUAAUCAUCACAGGUGUUAAAAGCGGACGUUACCUGUGUAUGGAUAAAUCUGGCAAUGUCUUUGGAUCUCACUACUUCAGCUAUGACGACUGUGUAUUUAAGCACGAAACGCUGGAAAACCGCCAUGACGUUUACCAUUCUCCAACACACAGUUACCUGCUGAGCCUGAAGAAGCCAAAACAGUUUUUCCGCCCAGGAAUGGACUUACCGCCCUAUUCUCAGUUUUUGUCCAUGGAGAACAAAAUCCCAAUCACCAGAUUUAUCACUCCGGAGCCUGUUCGACACACUAGAAGUGCUGAAUCAUUUCCCGAUCCAUGGGGUAUAGUAAAAGCAGGCAGGACAACGCUAAAUUACCCAACACCCAAGAGUCCCCAAGAUGUCAAAGAUUACUUUGCUAAAGAGCAUCUAAGACAUAGUCAGAAUAAAAAGGUGGACCCUGAUGACCCAAUAGAAAUUGUUAUCGCAAGGAAAGCCCAUCCACGCCAAUACUUUUAUGAAAAUAACCAUUCAAACCGAGCACCAACCGAUUUAAUUUAUACAUGAGUAAUGGAUACCUAACAUAUAGUAGGUACUAUAGUUGAAACUAUUUCUAAGAAAAGUCAUGUCCUCCUUGAUAAGAUGAUUUACAAUCAUUGUCACCAAUUUUUUUUUCUAAUUUACCUAUGUUUAAAAUAGAAUACUUCCAAACGCUGGUGUCUAUAACACAGAAUUCUAUCAUUAAAAUAUGCAGUAAGAAAGUAUUAGAAGCUUUCACAGCCCCUAGACCUUCUAGUACCUUUGAAUUAUUCAUUACAAUAGGCAGCCAGCCCUUAUAGCUGAGAGCUACUUUCCGCUCUGGAACAUUUUAAACCUUUAAUGCUGCAAAGUAACGGAGACAUCUAAAUGCUGUAUUUCUACCAUAAGACAACAGAAAACUAAAUGACAAUGUUUUGUACACAUUGUAUUUUAUAAAUAGGGUAUUUUAAUAAAACAGUAAGUAGACAUGUACUUAAAAAACUGUAAAAACACACACA